AUGUUCUACCAACUCUCACAGAAAUUUUCCAAGGGCAGCACGAUCGCCAUCAUCAUCCCGACCAUCAUCGCCGUGUCGUAUUCUACCUUUGCCUUCUUCCGCUAUACUGGCCCGGACCUCGGAGGGAAUUUGCCUGGCUCGCCCAAGACCACGUCGGCCGAGUGGCAAGCGGCCUCUGUGGAAUAUGGCAAGGCACAGAAAGCCAAUCCUAUUCGUCACUUCAAGGACUAA